AGAGCGUACAACUCACGGAUUGUGGAGGGAGAAUGGACAUACCCGAGCAUCUCCGGAUCAAUAUCCUACUAUGGAGCGCGGGUGGAGGUUGGGAUCAGGGCAGAGAUGGAAAUCACUGGUAUGGCAUCCACCCCAUUCGCCGCAGUGCCGGGCAUGAUUGGCGGGACCAGUGGCGGGAAGAGCACACCCUACAGGAGUGAUUCGUGUUGGUGGGUGUUGGCGGGUUGGAAUUUGGCGCGUCGAUUUUGGCGGGAUUCCUGGCCCAUAAAUUCGGCUCGUUCUGAGGGUGCUGAUUGCUCCCCAGGCAGUUGGGCAGCAGCAAAUCUCAAGACCGUAACUCUGCACGUUCCAUUCGCAGAAACCAAAAAUGACAAUCACAAUCAUGCUCCUCCUGGCCUUCGUCCUCUGGCCCAUUGCCCACUGCCUACUCCAUACUGCCUCUUCUACGGCCUAUACUAUCAUUACCUACAUUGCCUAUAUUACCUAUAUUGCCUGCUAUCAUCCGGCACAAACCAUCCUAUCCAUCGCAUUCCGCGAUUACUACGCGUCGCACGUCACUAUCGACGCCUCAAGACAUUCCUGCCCAUCCAUGGCACAUCCGAGACCAUUCCUGUCUCUAUCGAUCCACUCGAGCAUCGCUCGCGACACCAAGACCACCAAGCCCGAUACUCUCCCGACUCAAAUGGGAACCACUCCUGGAACAUGACUCUGUUGAUUUGAUUUGAUAAGCCCUCUGCCGCCGCCCAUCACCAACUGGCACUCCAGUUGAGACCUCCAGCUCUGUCUGGAACCACCGUGGCUCCGGCC